GGAUGCCAAACAGGCUUCGGUGGCUGCGGAGCACCAAAUCGACCAUCCUGCGGUGGUGGCGGCAGUGGUUCCAAGCGUUCAAUCGGAUACUACGAGUCUUGGUCUAAUACACGAAAAUGCCAAAGUGUAGCCCCAGAAGACCUAAAUCUGAACGGCUUCACCCACAUCAACUUCGCAUUCGCAUUCUUCGACCCAACAACCUUUGCCAUAGCGCCUAUGGAUGGCAAAACAGGCGCUCUCUACAACAGAUUUACAGCCUUGAAAUCUAGUGGGGUCCAGACUUGGAUCUCGGUUGGUGGAUGGUCGUUUACUGAUCCUGGACCCACGAGGACAGCGUUUUCUACUAUGUCUAGCACUUCUGCGAACCGGCAAAAGUUCAUAAGUGGAUUGAAACAGUUCAUGGAUACGUAUGGAUUUGACGGCGUUGACUUGGAUUGGGAAUACCCUCAAGCUGAUGACCGUGGAGGUGCAUCGGGUGAUACAGCCAAUUAUGUGCAGCUGGUCAGUGAUAUGAGAGCGUCAUUUGGUACGAAGUAUGGCAUCACGGUUACGUUACCGACCUCGUAUUGGUAUUUGCAGCAUUUUGAUUUGGUGGGGAUGCAGUCCUCGGUGGAUUGGUUCAAUUUAAUGAGUUAUGAUUGGCUGAUGCGUUUUGUGGUGCAUGGGGUCUGGGACUCCGCUUCUAAGUUCGUGGGACCGUACAUCGCUCCUCACACCAAUAUUACAGAGAUAGACGGAGGUCUGGAUCUUCUUUGGCGCGCAGGUGUCAGCUCCAGCAAGGUGGUGCUAGGUCAAGGCUGGUACGGGAGAAGUUUCACUCUCAAGGACUCUUCAUGUAGCACUCCAAAUGGUGUAUGCCAGUUCUCAGGUGGUGCAAAUCCAGGACCUUGUUCAAAUGCCGCUGGAAUCCUUGAUCUUCAAGAGAUUAAAGAUAUCAUUUCUACUAACAAUCUUAAACCUGUCUGGGACAAGAAAGCUGGGAUCAAACACAUCACUUGGGGCGGCAACCAAUGGGUCAGUUAUGAUGACGACGAUACUUUCAAGCAGAAGCGUGAUUUUGCAAAUGAGAGGUGUCUUGGAGGUUUGAUGGUAAUUUUCAAGAUCGACCAAAAAGGCAGCAACGGAAACUCAGCGGCUGGGAGCGCAGUUUCUACACAAGAUCAACAGGAUGCGAAACAGGCGAGUGAUAAUGCUGUAGCUGGGAUUACUUGCUACACUACAGACUGUGAUACGAGUUGCAAGAAAGGAACCAAUCAGGUUGCACAAAUGAAUGGCCAGCCUGGAGACCUUUCUACUAAUGAUCGUUGCCCGAAAAAGAUGUAUCGAAAUUUAUGCUGCGAUGAUGGUACCAUUAUGGGUGUAUGUCAAUGGAGGGGUUAUCGUGGAGUAGGGCUGUCAUGCAUGAGUGGCUGCGACAACGGGGAAACGGAGAUCGUGCAAGAUACGAAUCAUAAAGAGAAGAAGGGUGACCAAACUUGCACUGGUGGCAUACAAAGCUAUUGUUGCAAAGGAUUCAAGCCAGCUCCGAAUGGAGCAGACUUGGUGAAAGACGCCACAGCUCUUGCCAAAAGUGCUGCAGAGGCCAUCGCAGCUCAGGUAGCUCUUGAUAUUGCAGCGAAAGCAUUCUGCAGGAUUGCGGUCCCUGCUCUACUCCUCCCCCUCGAACUCCUUGAAGAUGCUAUCCCUAUCUUCGGUGAAAUCGCAGACCUAGCAGAAAUCGCCGCGACGCCAGCCAUAAUCGAAGGAUGCGUCAAAGGCAUCGAAAAAGAAGGCAAAGCCGAAUUCAAAGUAUUCGGCAAGAAACAUACAUUAGAUAUGAACAAGCCUACAGACAAGCCCGCGGAGAGCCGGCCCCCGAAGUCAUCGCAUUCGUCCGCCAAGACGAGUUCAGAGUGUCCUCGGCAGCCAAAACAUGUGAAGCGAGCAGCUCCUUGUAAUGCUGAGAAGUAUGAGACUAUUACGACGAAGAUUAGUGAUGAGCCGGGGAGUAUGGGGACGUUGAAGUGCACGUAUUCUGGUGGUAAGUCUGCUGGUGGGCAGGCUUGUCUUCAUUAUUGUGAGUAUAUCCUUCAGUAUUUUGAUCAUACUUGGUGA